CCCGUCAUGGCUCCCAAGAAGGACUCCAAGACCAAGGUCCGGGUUCAGCCCGUUCCAGAGAAACGUGGCUACGAGUUUGGAGGACCUCUCGGUGCGUUUGGGAUCGUGUUUGGUCUGCCCGUGCUGGUCUACAGCUUCACCUUCCUGUGUAACGAUGUCUCCGGCUGCCCAGCUCCUUCGCUACUACACCCGUCUACCGUGACGCUGGACCAAUUGAAGGCGGAGGUUGGCUGGCCCAAGGGAGGGUUUGCAGAUUUCUAUGACACCAGCGUGACAUUUUGGGUGCUGGGCUACUAUCUGCUUAGCUUGGCCAUGUACGUGUUCCUGCCUGGCCAGGAGGUCGAGGGCACCGAAUUGGCAUGUGGAGGAAGAUUGCCCUACAAGUUCAACGCUUUUCUGUCGGCCGUCCUGAUCCUCUCCGGCUGUGCGACGGGCACCUACGUCUAUGGUGCGGACUUUGCUGUCUGGACCUUCCUCUGGGACAACUACCUGCAGGUUAUCACCGCCAACCUGGUGAUUUGCACUGUCAUCGCCAUCUUCGUCUAUGCGAAGAGCUUCACCGUUCCAGCCCCCGGGCAGCCCAACCCCGAGCUCCGUCAGCUAGCUCCGGGUGGUCACACUGGCAACGCGUUGUAUGAUUUCUUCAUUGGCAGAGAGCUGAACCCCCGGGUGCGCCUGCCGAUUCCAUUUGUCAGCGAAGCUUCGCGCACGAUCGAUAUCAAGUCCUGGCUCGAAAUGCGUCCCGGCUUGCUGGGGUGGAUUAUCCUGAACCUGUCGAACAUUGCUCGCCAGUACCGCACCUACGGCUACAUCACGGACUCGAUCGUCAUCUCGACUGCUUUCCAGGCAUUCUAUGUCUUGGACGGCCUGUACAUGGAGCCUGCUCUGCUGACUACAAUGGACAUCAUCAUGGACGGCUUCGGGUUCAUGCUCUCAUUUGGCGACCUCGUCUGGGUGCCGUUUAUCUACAACUUCCAGACCCGCUACCUGGCCGUCUUCCCAUACGAGCUGGGCUUCAAUGGCAUCCUGCUCGUUCUGGCCGUCACUGCCGUGGGCUACUCGAUCUUUCGGGGCGCCAACAACCAGAAGAACCGUUUCCGCACCAACCCGAACGACCCCCGCGUCAAGCACCUCAAGUACAUCCAGACGGCCAGCGGAUCCAAGCUGAUCACGUCCGGCUGGUGGGGAAGCGCCCGCCACAUAAACUACCUGGGCGACUGGGUCAUGUCGUGGUCGUACUGUCUGCCUACGGGCAUUGCCGGCUACGCCAUUAUCCAGAGCAUCAACCCGGCCACCGGGGACCUGCAGAAGCAGGCAGUGCAGACCCCCGAGAGCCGGGGCUGGGGAAUGAUCUUCACGUACUUCUUCCUGGUGUACUUUGGCACUCUGCUGAUCCACCGCGAGCAGCGCGACGAGGAGAAGUGCAAGCGCAAGUACGGAGCCGACUGGGACCGGUAUACGUCGUUGGUCCGGAGCCGGAUCAUUCCUGGCAUUUACUGAAAUUAUGGGUAUAGACCGAACAAAAGUUCUUAAUGUAUGAUACUAUCCGUCUGAACGACUCAUAUAUCGG